UAUCAUCCCGCAGUUAAUUAAGAUCUUGGCUACUAGAUUCUAGAUUAUAGACUAUGGUCACUAUAGAGUAUAGAGUCUUAGACUAGAAAUAGAUCUAUAAGAUUGGUUCUAAAUUCUGGGACUAAUCUAGAUCUAGACAGAUUGGUAGAAGUAGAGCUAGAUCUAAAUCUAGCUUCAUUCUAGAUCUAUGACUAUAUAAUUUAUUUUAUUUAAAGACUAGUUUAUUAAAGAAUAUUUUAAUUUUGAAUUGGAUUAGCUUCUGUAUCAAGUCCAUAUGAGAUGGCAGAUGAAGUUGAUUUUAUCUUGCCAAGGCCGUUUGUUAGUGAGCAUUUUAGUGACAAACUAAAUAAAUUUUCAAUAUCACAGUCGAAGAUCUAUUCAAGUGUAUUAAAACAAAACUACAAUGAAGCUGUGGAGCACAGCUCAAAAGAAAAAGAAGAUUUGAUGAAGGUCUUAAACAAAUUUCAAGAGGCCAAUGAACAAGAAGAAUGUGAGGAAACUUUGACAGCCAUUUUCAACUGUGCUACAAAAAAUGUGAAUUUCAACCCAAGGGAGCAAAAACAGAUUGGCACAACAAUGAAAACAAAGUUGGAAGACCUCUUUGAAUUCCUUUAUGAAUUAGCUUCCAACUAUGAUUUUACUAGGGAACGAGUGAAUCUUUUACACAUUAGAACUGCCCUUCAAAUUAUUUUGGAUGACUUUAGUAAAUAUCCAACAGAUGUUGAAGGAGAAACGUUACAAAGUGCAAUAAAUGCAAUAGUAAGUGAUGGUGAUGACACUGUAUCUGAGCUAGACUCUGCUAUAGAGGAUUGGAAGAGGUAUGUUGUAAGUGAAAGUCAAGUAUUUUCUGUUAAACAUUUAAAGAAACCGGAGGCCAUACCAUGUAGUCACACUUGGUGGCGGUAGCUAUAAUACAUUUUUUGUACCGCCUUCAUGAUACUUAUAAGAUACAAUCAAGUACAUAGUUAUAAGAUCAAGAAUAAAUGUGUACAUUUUAAUUUGUAUUUUGUGAAUUCCAGUUAACAUAAAAUACUUGGGCUUUAGUUGUUGUAUAGUCAUAAUAUUGUGUUCAUUUAAAAAAAAAAAGAAGUAUAGAGUUAUAAUUCAAACAAUCUCUUGGUGACAUUGGGAAAGUGUAGAUAUGAUCACUAAUAUAAUUAUGUAAAUUCAAGGUAGAGUUUUUCUCUAAUUGUUAACUUUUUUUUUUUUUUUAAUGCAUAGGUUGUUUUCUUGUUAUACUUUUUUAUUUACACUGGGAAUCAUUGUGAUGGUUACCAUAUAGCUUUGUGAAACAUCUACUUCUGAAAUGCAAAUUUUUUCAUUUUUUUUAAAAUUUUACUAGGCUUUUAUUUAUUAUUACCCCUUUACCCAACUAGUACUAGAGUUAAUGUUUUUAUUGAGAGUCAAUGUACAAAUGAAUAUAGUGAAUAUAGUGGUCAUUGACUAAUAAAUGUGAACCCACUCUACUGGCAGUAAGACUAAUUUUAGAUUUUUGUUUUCAUAUGGAGAGAAUAGAAGAAAAUAAAAUAUAUAGCCUUUUCUUGCUUGCUCAGAGUGCUUUGGUCCCAUCUCAUUUGUAGGCCAGUGGGGAAAGGAGUUAUCUGGGAGAAGGUUUUUCCGUGCUGCCUUUAGGCGCUCAGUAAGCACAACUCAGCUUGUGUCGGGUGUCGAACCUCGAACCCCCCUUCAUAUUUGGCCACGCCAAGUUCAGGCGUACUUAGCCUCUGGAAAAGUCAAAUGUUCAUUUAAAUUUAAUUUUUGGUUGUCACUUUGACUAUUGUUGAAAUAUUUUCUUGUGAUAUUUCAUGGUUGUAUAUCAAAUACUUUACAAUGUCAUUUCUGUAUGUAAUGUUAUUUAUUUCGAUACAUUGAUUGAAGUCUGACUGGUGCUUAUUUCUCUGAAAAUGCAAUGAAAUUAUACAAUUUUUAAUUGCUGGCAUGGCUGAUAAAACUAUACAUUAACUCUUAUUUUUUUAAAGUUGUUCAAUACAUAACACCAUCAACUCAUUGAAUGUUGAAAGGUGGUUGAUGUCUAUUAGAGCAGGUCCAUGCAACUUUUAUUACUAAUUCACAAUAAAAAUGUUGUGAAGCAAU